AUGGGUUGGUUCGACGAUUCAAACAACCAGGCUCAGUACGAGGAGGUCACUCAGCGACCCCACGAAGCCCAGUGGUCUCACGAGCUCAUCGGCGGCGCUGCCGCUUACGAGGCCGCCAAGGCCUACGAGGACCACGUUGCUCAGAACGGCCACCCUGACGAGCACGCUCAGGCCAAGGAGAUCCUCGCCGGUGCCAUUGGCUUCUUCGUCGACCGCGAGGUUGAGACCAAGGGCCUCGACUUCAUUGACCGCGAGAAGGCCAAGCGCCACGCUCAGCAGCAGGCUGAGCAGGAGCUCAACAACCAGUACGGAAACCAGUGGUAA